CUGCCUCCAUUUCCUUAAGGAAGGGUUUUUUUCUCUCUCCCUCCCCCACACCAUAGCGGCGCGCGAGCGGGCCGGGCGGGCGGCCGAGUUUUCCAAGAAAUAACUUCACCGAGAUGUCCAGUGAUAGGCAAAGGUCCGAUGAUGAGAGCCCCAGCACCAGCAGUGAUAGUUCAGAUGCGGACCAGCGAGACCCAGCCGCUCCAGAGCCUGAAGAACAGGAAGAAAGAAAACCUUCUGCCACCCAGCAGAAGAAAAACACCAAACUCUCUAGCAAAACCACUGCUAAGUUAUCCACUAGUGCUAAAAGAAUUCAGAAGGAGCUAGCUGAAAUAACUCUUGAUCCUCCUCCUAACUGCAGUGCUGGGCCUAAAGGAGAUAACAUUUAUGAGUGGAGAUCAACUAUACUUGGUCCACCAGGUUCUGUAUAUGAAGGUGGUGUGUUUUUUCUGGAUAUCACUUUUUCAUCUGAUUAUCCAUUUAAGCCACCAAAGGUUACUUUCCGCACCAGAAUCUAUCACUGCAACAUCAACAGUCAGGGAGUCAUCUGUCUGGACAUCCUUAAAGACAACUGGAGUCCUGCUUUGACUAUUUCAAAGGUUUUGCUGUCGAUUUGUUCUCUUUUGACAGAUUGCAACCCUGCGGAUCCUCUGGUUGGAAGCAUAGCCACUCAGUAUUUGACCAACAGAGCAGAACAUGACAGGAUAGCCAGACAGUGGACCAAGAGAUAUGCCACAUAAUUCACAGAAUUUGUAUGCGGUGUGAAGGAGCAGAGGGCCCCUUCCCACUGUGCUGCAAAUCUUUAUAGCCUUUACAAUACGGACUUCUGUGUAUAUGUUAUACUGAUUCUACUCUCUGCUUUUAUCCUUUGGAGACUGGGAGACUCCCCAAAAAGGUAAAUGCUAUCAAGAGUAGAACUUUGUAGCUGUAGAUUAGUUAUGUUUAAAACGCCUACUUGCAAGUCUUGCUUCUUUGGGAUAUCAAAAUGUAUUUUGUGAUGUACUAAGGAUACUGGUCCUGAAGUCUACCAAAUAUUAUAGUGCAUUUUAGCCUAAUUCAUUAUCUGUAUGAAGUUAUAAAAGUAGCCGUAGAUGACUAGGAAUUAUGUCAUUUGUAUUAAACCCAGAUCUAUUUCUGAGUAUGUGGUUCAUGCUGUUGUGAAAAAUGUUUUACCUUUUACCUUUGUCAGUUUGUAAUGAGAGGAUUUCCUUUUACCCUUUGUAGCUCAGAGAGCACCUGAUGUAUCAUCUCAAACACAAUAAACAUGCUCCUGAAGGCAAAAAAAAAAAAAAAAAAA